AUGGAACCCGUUGCCAGCAAUUCAGAGACGCCAGGUCCAUCUGCCGCCGGCGAUGUAGGCGUUCCAAAGGUCUGCGAUGUCUCCCUGGCGUACAUCUCGCGUCUCCCCAACGAACCAAAGACGCGAGCUCUACAGGUCCCAGUCGAGUUCCACCAUGACGUGGAGGAUACCGUCAGCGGCCCCCACGGCCACACUCAUCUCUUCAAGUGGACUUUGGACUACGUCCGGGGAGACCCCGAAGCGGACGGCCGCUUCCUCCGCAGGCAGUCUGAGCUCGUGGCCAGCCUCAGGACCGAGGAGGGCUUGCUCGCGACAGUCCAAGAGGCCGUUGACGCGAAUCCAUCGAGCGACCAGGAAGAGAGCAUGUUUGUCUCCCAAGGCAGCGACGGCCUGACGGACGAGAAGCUGCACCGAGAAGCAUCCGUCCGCUGGCUCAAGCGCGAGCUCAACGCCACCAGCCACUUCUACAUGCUGGCCAAGGCCAUCGCCGGAACCAAGGCCCAGCAAGCGGCGGCCGCUGCUGCUGCCACCAGCGCCGAGGGCUUCCAGCCUCGAGUGCACCAGGCGGACCCGGCGCGGUACUCGCAGGGCGUCAUGGAGGACACCUUCUCGGUCCUUUUCGGCGACGACCAGGUCCCGCCGCUGCACCAAGUCGACAACACCGAGGCCAACGCCAGGCUCGUGAACCAGAUGGCGCAGUACCUGAGGUCGGACACGUUUGCCGGAUUCCAGAACUUCGCCGCCGACAUCGGCACGAGCUACAACCGCGUGCAGGGCCUCACGGCCGACCUCGCCGCCAUGGCGGGACACCAGGCCUACGGCGGCGGUGGCGGCGAGGAGCACGACGCGCAGAACAUCAUCAUGAUCACCAACAUGAUCCACAACAAGCGCUGGAACGAGCAGCAGGUCGAGCGCCUCGAGCUCGCGCACAAGGUCGCCUUCGUCGUCAAGACCCUCCGCCUGCAGGGCGCCGAGUACCACGACUGGGUCCAGGCCCACCCCGGUGCCCACGCCGUCCGCGAAGCGAUCGAGAGCGCGGCGCACGCCGAGGCCGCCGUCCAUUGGGCAGAGUCGUAG